GUCCCUUGCUGAAGUUACGACAGAAGUGGCCACCAUCGGAGGUGUGCCGUCAUGUUGCCCCCAGCGUCACAACGAGGGUGACGCACGCAUCGGGGACGGGAGUGUGUCCGCGGUCUGCCGGACAGAGUCGACGGACCACAAAAUUGUUACUUGCCAUCCAUGAUCACGUUUCACCCGCCUGCAAUGCGUUGAAAACCAAACCCUGAGAACACCGAGCCCGAUAUCUUCCACCGCCCGCUUGCUCCUACCGCCCCCGCCUCGCCCUUGUGGGUGACAUGACCGACGUCCCUGCGGCUCCGUCUGCUUGGGUCGACCUGCUCGCCGGCACCGUCGGCGGCAUUGCAUCACUCCUCGCGAGCCACCCCUUCGACACCAUCAAGACGCGCUUGCAGGCGCAAGCACCGCAGCCGGACGUUCACGAUGCACGUCGUUUGAGUGGAUCAACCGCGCCAGUCACAGCGGCAGCGAGGCCCGGCCCGGCCGCUGCGCCGCCAACGGAGCGUGGACCCCUCCUCGCACUGUCGCCCGACCCUCGCGCCCGAAAGUCCUAUGCAUCACUUCUGUCCAUUUCGGCAUCAGCACCAUUGCCGUCGUUGUCGUUGUCGUUGCCCUCUUCAUCCUCUCCUUCCUCUUCUUCUUCCCCAUGCUUCCCCCCUGCUCAGCAAACACAGCAGCCACACUACACAUCGGCGACACAGGCCUUCCGCGUAAUCGUGCGUGAUGAAAAGUUCAUCGGGCUGUACAAGGGCGUGUGUGGACCCAUGCUGGGUGUGGCGCUGAUGAACGCCGCCAUCUUCGGCGCGUAUUCGCUCUGCCUGCAGAUGCUCCAGUCGCAGCAGCAUCUCUUCACCUCGUCGCCUGCUCCAUCGCCCCACGCGUCACAUUUGCCCGCGCAAACACCCGCGCUCCCGUACUACUCACACGACGGCUCCGUGUACCUGGCCACGAUCGCUGCAGAGCAUGCCCAGCACCACCACCAGCAGCUCUUCUCUAAUCAACAACAACAGCAGCAGCCGACCCUUACGCAGAUCUUCAUCGCCGGCUGUGCCUCUGGGCUGAUCUCCGCACUGAUCACUACACCCAUUGACCUCGUAAAGAUCCAAGAGCAAGUACAAGUGCCACUGCAGCCUCCUUCUCGUACGCGUAUCCGCCUCGCCGCCUCCUCCUCCUUUAAGGGUAUCAGCACUGCGGCUGCAGUUGCUGCGCCGCCAACGACUCUCUCAUCGCGAGUGUGGGGCAUUCGCACGCUCCACGUCGUGCGCCAGCUGUGGAACGAGGGCGUACGAUCCUCGCAUCGGAAUGCGCUCGAUUCUCUGGGCAACACCACGCUCUUCGCUGCAGCCUCGUCCUCGCCAUCAUCGUCCACGGCGCUAGUACCGCCUUUGGACGCGCGACGGCCCAAGCGAGGGUUCCGAUGGCUGCCGCUCCUAUCGACGUCGCCCUCGCCCUCGCCGUCACCCUCCCGCUGGCACUGGCUGCACGGCAUCCGCGCAUUCUACCGCGGCUACGCGAUCACCGCCUUGCGCGACCUCGGGUACGGCCCUUACUUUCUCACGUACGAGCUGCUCAACCGCUCCUUCCUAGCUUUAUUUCACCAGCAACAUCAGACAUACGGCUUCGACGCUGCAGCUCUCGCGGCGAGCGGCGGCUGGACCCAGUCGAUGAUGGAGAACGACGCGCAGCUGCAACCACAGCAGCAGCAGCAGCUCACCUCACUAGAACUCGCAGUCAGCGGAGCCCUGGCAGGCUGCAUCGCCUGGGCCAGCACGUUCCCGCUUGAUGUGAUCAAGACGCGUAUCCAAGCCGCCGGUGCUGAUCCAUCCGCACCCUCGUCUGCUAGCACUUCCUCGAUCGUCCACGUCGUGCGCGAGACGUACCGUCGCGAAGGCCUGCGUGCGUUCUUCAAGGGCCUCGGGCCCACCAUGCUGCGCGCGGUACCCGCCAACGCGGUACUAUUCGUCGCGUACGAAGCGACGAAGAGUGCGCUGCUCACGCAUCAUCACCUCUAGGAUGACCUCAUCCCAUUAUUAUGCAGACACGAACAGACGAGGAGCAGCGGCCGGCUAUAAUUUGCAAUUUACAAAGGACCUAAGUAGAUGCCUUGCAACUGGGCAAGCAGCUGCGGUCCCUUUCCAACAUGACGAUAUGUAUACUCGCACAAAGGAGGCAGUAGACCAGCGGCGCAAAAGAGAACAGGGAUAAUAGUACACGCAAGGAUGCUCUUUUUGAAUGCUGCGAGAGUAGAGUGCUUGUACCUUUGUCGUACUUGGUUGGCGCAAAGGGGAGAAGAAAAAAGGGAGCAGCGAGAAAGUGUCUUGUCUAUAUACGAGCCCUGACCCAGGCUGAGCUGAGACGGACCCGUUGUGAUGAUGGCGGAGAAAAGGGGGCAGCGCAAAGAGGAACACCGAUGUGGAAAAGUAGCGGCAGGGGGCCCUUUCGCGAUGA